AUGGUGCGACAAGCCGAGAAGUUGUCGAAGGAGGUGCCGACGACGGAGUUUCUGGUGGUGUUGUCGUUCAAGGGAGGGAUCAAGUUCACCGGCACCGGGUCGCUUCUGGACCAUUUCAAGAACGGUGAACCCUUGACCGACGUAAAGCCUCGUGGAGUGAGUUACACCAAGGACACACAGAAUGACGUGGUCGACUGUUUUGAACCGCCGCCAUGCAUAGAAGUGAGCACACGAGAGGGGAGCACCGCAAGAUACCCGGACACAGAGUUGUCUGAUCUCUAUCAGAACGUCAGGCGACAACUAAUACCAGAGCAAAUGGAGCCACCUACCCAAAACGCCAACGUCGAGCCUGAAGGUUGCAGUGACCAAGCAACAUCACAUAAAAGAGCCAGACAAGUAACUCACGCCGCAAAUACCCUGGAAGAGGAACAGCCACGAAGUGCAGCCACCAUGACAACCAGAAAAAAGGGACCACACCAGGGAACUGCACCGCAAGAGAACCGCUUAACCACGAGUGUUCCCAGUCUACAAGCAGGGACAUGUGUCUAUGUGGCCGUUCCUACCUCAUUAAACUGCACAGUGCCAUUUGUUGCUGAGGUGACGCAGAGUCAACCGUUAAAUGUGAAGUAUCUUCAUCCAAGUAAGACAAGGGGAUCCUGGCACUUCCCCGACAAGGAAGACACGGGUGCAGUCAAUACAGACGACAUCAUUACAGUGUUGGCGGCACCCCAAACUAGGAUAUCAGGCUCCCGUUUCUAG